GUUAGCGAGAGUUAUAUUUUUGGUAGAGGAGGGAGAUCCAAGCCGGGAAGAAGAGGUUUUUAUUAAACAGAAGGUAAUCAUAAUUACAGACAUGGAGAACAUGGAUGAUGAGACCACAGUUUUUUCUACUUUGAAAUCCUUUAACCUUUUCUUGUCUCAGAAGACUCCAAAACAAGACAGUGUGUUGGAAGGCAGCACUUUACAAUUCGUCUAUCAGCAAAGAAUGCAGCUGGAAGAGCAGGCAGACAAACUGCACUCUAAGUCACAACUUCUGCAAAUGGAUCAAGAAAAAAAGCAAAUGGAGCUUAGCCAUAAACGAGCUCGUAUUGAACUGGAGAAAGCAGCACAGAGCAGUGCCAUAGAUUUUGAGCGUGAAGCAGAUCGGAACCGUGAGCUGAUCUCUCGUAUUAAGAAGCUUGAGGAGAGAGAAAAUGAAAUGGAUCAGAAGCUAAAGGAGCAAAUGGAGCUUAAUCAGUCUUUCAGAAAGACGCUUGGGGAGCAGGGCAAAACAAUUCAAGAAAAAGAAUCUAAGCUUGCAGAAGCCAAUGAGACAAUAGGGGUUUUAAGAGCAGAUAUUUCAGAACUACAACGCAAACUCAAAAGCCAGGAGAUGCAGCUGAUAAUAGAGGAAACAGAACGACAAGGACUUCAGGAACAAGUUGAGGUGUUGCAAAAAAAAUGUCAAGAAGUAUCUGUGAAAAGUCGAAUGCUUCAGGAGUGCCAGUCUGAGAUUUUAAAAAAUGAUCUCAAAAUUAAGGAGUUGGAGAAGACAUUGGCCUUACAGGAGCAAGACUCUGUGAUUGUGAAAAACAUGAGGUCUGAGCUGGCACAACUCCCAGAUAUGGAACAAGAACUGAAAAAAUUAAGACAAGAAAAUGCCUACCUCAGAGACAUAAUGGAUAACAAUGGUUUGCUAAAAGAGGAAGUGGAAGGCAUGAGGCGGAAACUGGAACGUUCUGAAAAGAUAAAGGAAGAAAUGAUAGCUUUGGAGCUUAAGAAUGAAAAACUAGUUGCCAAACUUCAAGCUUGGGAGGAUCUGGAACAAGCUACAGGAUUGGGCAUCAGAACACCAGAUGAUUUCUCCAGAGUAAUCCUUGAGAUUCAACAGAGAGAGCUAGACCUGAAACAACAAAACUAUUCUGUCACAAGCAGUGCACGGGCUUUAGAAAAAGCCCGUCAGCAGCUUCAGACAGAAGUGGUGCAGCUGCGUGCAAAGAUUCUUGAAGGACAAAAGACACAAGAAAAUCAGGAUGCACAAGUUCGACGGUUACAAAGACGCAUCUUUCUGCUUACAAAGGAGCGGGAUGGAAUAAAAGCCAUCUUGGAAUCUUAUGACAGUGAGCUGACUACUGCAUAUUCAACUCAACUUAGCCAGCGGGUUAAGGAAGCAGAGGAAAUGCUUCAAAAAGUUCAAGCUCACAACUCUGAGAUGGAGGCUCAGCUUUCUAAGGCUCAAGAAGAGGCGGUGACUUACAAAUUUCAAGCUGAGACUGUACAAGCUGAGAUGAAUCUGUUGAAGAGCCAAGCUGCUACAGCAGAAACCAGUGCUUCUGUUACUAGCGAGGAGGCAAAUUUCCUCAGACAAAAGAUUGAAGAGCUAGAGGCAGAACGCAGCCGUCUCGAAGAGCAGAAUAAUGUAUUGGAGAUGAGACUGGAGAGGCAUAACCUUCAGGGUGACUAUGACCCAACCAAAACAAAAGUAAUCCACUUCAAGAUGAACCCUUCUAGUGUGGCUAAGCAACAGCGUGUUGAAGACAUCCAGCAGCUGCGAGAGGAAUGUGAGCGCCUAAGAGAACAUAUUCGGACUGCACAGGCAUUGGGAACUCUUCCCAAGGAUGAGACUGCUUUGACUCUUCCACCCCCCCAGGAAGUCAUAGCGCUUCGGAAACAAAUAGAAAGUUCUGAGCUGAUGAACCAGCGUCUGAAGGAGAUUUUUCAGAAGAAAAUUCAAGAAUUCCGAACAGUGUGCUACACGCUGACUGGGUACCAAAUUGAUUUCACAACAGAAAACCAGUAUCGUCUUAUCUCCAUGUAUGCUGAAAACACUGAUGAUUGUCUUUUGUUCAAGGCCAACAGUCCAAACGGAGGAAACAUGCAGCUGUUGGAGACGAAUUUCUCCCGCUCUCUGACCGAACUGAUUGAGCUACACCUCUUCCACCAGAACAGCAUCCCAGCAUUCCUCAGUGCGGUGACCCUUGACCUUUUCAGUCGCCAGACUUUUGCAUAGGCCUGCUGCCCUUCUUCCUGGGAGGCAUUGAAAUGCAGUGGUGAUUCAGCAGAGGCCAUAUUUGUUAUUUUUUCACUACUUGCAGUUAAGGCCAUGUUUAUACUCGUAUGUUUUGUUCUUUUUCUCCCUGUUACAUCUAUAAAUGUGAUCAAAUGAGCCUUUUAUUACAUUUAGGCCCAGAUUUCUCUUAAUGCUGUAAUUAUCAUGUUGAGAAAGAGCAGGGACAGUUUUUCUAACAUUUUGCAGUUUAAUCUGUUUUUUCUGUUGCCAAGUAAUUAUGGAGUUAAAUGAAUUGUUUAAGAUUAUGCAUUUUACCUAUUAUAUAUUACUGUGUGUAAUUCCAUUUGAAUAAAUAACUGGAAAGAAAGGAAGGACACCAAUAUUUGAAAGUAGUGGUGGGGGAAGGUUUGUUGUGUUCAAAUGAGUAGCUUCUAAGAAAUUAAGAAAAAAAAUCCUUCCUGUCUUUCAUUUUGUUAUUUUGGGCUUCAUAAUUAUUAAUCAUUGGUAUUU